UCUCAAAAUCGGAACGGAAUCUAAGCCAACUAGAUAACAAACAAGCAUUCAUAAAAAUGCCUCUGAAACUGAAAAAUCCCAUUGAAAAACAUUUCAGUGUGCUCUCUCGCUACCACUACUACUUCUUUACUCUUCUGUUUGCGAGUAAACUGCCUGUAUUCUGGCACAUUCUGAACUUGAUAUUCCUCUCUCCGCCUAUGAAUUACUAUUGCAAUGACGAUGGUCAAAACAGUACUUUGAACACGUGCCCUUGUGAUAAUCCCUGGUGGGAUAGAAGCGUCUUCACAGAGACAACUCAGACGAAGUUUGGAAUACUUUGUGACACCCAGUGGCUGAUCAGUUUCUCCCAGAGUAUGCUGUAUGUUGGGACGCUGCUCGGAGCCUUGACUUUUGGAUUUUUGUCUGAUACAUUCGGUCGUCUCUCAAUGUUUUCCAUGAGCUGUCUUAUUUUAGCCAUCUCAGGAUGUCUAGUCAGCAUCAUGCCGACUGCAGUUUCCUUCAUCUUUAUGCGGACUAUCGAAGGUCUUGGCGUGGGAGGUGCUAUAGUGACCUCCUACGUCCUCUGUGUGGAAUACUGUGGAACCAGACACAGGGAGAUGGUCACAGCUUUGCUGCACAUCCCGAUAAACCUAAGCCACAUGUGCUUAGCUGGUGUGUCGUACUUGCUAAGACAUUGUGAUGAAUUUCAAAUAGCAUUGUCAUUACCGAUAUUUCUUUGUGUGGCGCUUUAUUGGUUGACGUUGGAGUCCCCGAAGUGGUUGAUGGAUACCGGGAAGGUAGAUGAAGCAGCUGUGGUGAUGGAAAAGAUAUCACGUUUUAAUCGAAAAUCUUAUGAAUCAAUUAAAACAGAGCUAGAAGAAUAUCAAGCAGCUCGCUCCAAAAACUCCCGAACUAAGAUGAAGUUCUGGCAAAUAUUUAGACACAGAAAAUUGAGUUCGAACUUUAUCUGUAUGGCAGUGGUGUACUUCGUCUGCGGCAUGGGCUACUAUGGAGUCUCCCAAUACAUCGGUAAAAUGAGCGGCGACAUCCACAUCAACGUUGCUAUUUCAGGAGCUCUCCUCCUUCCCGGAACCAUAACUACUAUAUUUUUAUUAAAAAUACUGAACCGACGAACAUUUCUGAUAGCAACAAAUUUCUUAUCUGGUUUGUUUAUGUUGAUAGAAGUAUUAAUAUGUUGUGAUGCCACGUGGCCCAGGGUUGUCAUAGUCUGCAUCUGUAAUUGUUUCUUCUUUAUGACGUUUAUUAUAGUGUUUUUGUAUAGUGUAGAAUUGUUUCCUACUUCUGUAAGGAAUUCUGUUUUGGGAAUCCUGUCCGUGGUGUCCAGGUUGGGACAGAUUAGUGCCCCUAUUAUAAAUGCUUUACCAGAAACAUCAGCGGGAACUAUAUUUGCUGUAAUGGCUAUGCUUGGAGCUGUUAUGUGUUAUCCUUUACCUGAGACUAAAAAUACAGAGCUACCAUCGUCGAUAGAAGAUUCUAAAAUGCUACCACGUAAAGUACGACCCGGUGAUGAAGUAAUGAGAAUGUCUCAGGAUGGAUAGCAUGUGAAUAAGCAUUUGAUAUUUUUUAUGAAUAUUACGUUUCUGUGGCCGAUGGAAUAUUUUUCAAAAUUUUAUCUUAAUGCUAAAAAUUGUGCAACGUGGCAUAGUUUUUUUUAUUUUUACUGACAUUAAUUUGUAGAUUUGUAUCCAAAAAUUGUGUAGAUAUUUUUGGAUAAAUGAAAUGUAUAUUUUUGUACGUAACGAAGCAUGUGAUAGCUUUUUAUAUAUUA